UGCGAGAGUUCAGCGAGAUCGAUGCAGCCAUCUUGUUGACUUCCUGGAGUUUCGUGCUGCACCUAGAACGAAUGUCUGUCUCAUUGCCGUUGUAAUCGGCAUAUUUAUACAUUCUUACCAUACACAGCUUAUCUGGAGCUCUGUUGAAUGCAGUACCGACCCAUUGUAUGGGAAGGUGAAUCUCCUAAGUGUAACCCGUAGUGGAGAGAGGGCACACCAGUACUUGCUGACACAAUGUCGGAGGAUGUAGACAAGCCCCCAGCCCCGCCCGUCAGACUAGAGAGUGCCAGAGAGUCCUCCAUGCCGCAGGAGUACAAGCCGCUCCCUAAGGAGCCGGAAGAGAGAAGAAAGAUGAAGACACCUAAAGGGAACAAAAUUGCAAAGCAGAAAGAAAAUGAAAAGCCAGUCAUAUCAGCCCCUUCCAAUUUUGAGCACACAGUUCAUGUGGGCUUCGAUCCUCACACUGGAGAGUUUACGGGGAUGCCAGAGUCAUGGGCGCGACUGCUGCAGAACUCCAACAUCUCCAAGAUGGAGCAGAAGCGGAAUCCGCAAGCUGUGCUGGACGUGCUCAACUACUACGAGACAUCCAAGGACGUGAAGGAGUCCAAAUACAUGCUCAACCUGAAACCAGCAAGUAGUGCUUCCACAAAGUCGAACCUGUCUGAUAAACUCUCGUCUCCCGUAGUACUCACACAGGAUACGUUUCAGUCGAAGGAGCAGAAUUCGGCAACCCCCACCCCCAGUGAGGAGGAAGAAGAGGAACCCCCACCCCCCAUAGCUGCCCGGCCCGACAAGACCAAGUCGAUAUACACAAAACCAGUAGAAGAUGAACAUCCAAAUGAGAAAAACUCCGACAACAAAACUGAAAAGCCAAAAAAGAAGAAGAUGACCGAUGAAGAAAUCAUGGAGAAACUUCGUACAAUUGUUUCACUGGGCGAUCCCAAUAGGAAGUACACCAAGAUGGAGAAGAUUGGCCAGGGAGCUUCGGGCACAGUAUACAUUGCCAUUGAAGUGGCGACGGGGCGCGAAGUUGCCAUCAAGACCAUGAACCUGUCUCAGCAGCCGAAGAAGGAACUGAUCAUCAAUGAGAUCCUCGUGAUGCGGGAGCACCAGAACCCCAACAUCGUCAACUACCUGGACAGCUACCUGGUCGGGGAGGAGCUCUGGGUUGUUAUGGAGUUCUUAGCUGGAGGAUCACUAACUGAUGUCGUCACGGAAACAUGCAUGGAUGAGGGCCAGAUUGCUGCUGUUUGUCGAGAGUGUCUGCAAGCCCUGGAGUUCCUGCAUGAGAACCAGGUGAUCCACCGAGACAUCAAGUCCGACAACAUCCUCCUCGGCAUGGACGGCAGCGUCAAACUGACUGACUUUGGUUUCUGUGCUCAGCUGUCUCCGGAGCAAAGCAAGCGGUCCACCAUGGUGGGCACACCCUAUUGGAUGGCUCCAGAGGUUGUCACCAGGAAGCAGUAUGGGCCUAAAGUUGACAUCUGGAGUUUGGGUAUCAUGGCCAUUGAGAUGAUUGAGGGAGAACCACCCUACCUGAAUGAAAACCCACUCAGGGCUCUGUACUUGAUUGCAACAAACGGCAAACCAGAGAUCAAGGAGAAGCAGAAACUGUCUCCAGUCUUCCAGGACUUCCUGGACAAAUGUCUGGAGGUGGAUGUGGAGAAGAGAGCAUCGGCUUCAGAACUACUAAAGCAUCCGUUCCUGCGACUAGCAAAGCCAUUAGCCAGCCUCGUCCCGCUCAUUCUUGCCGCUAAGGAGGCACAGAAGGGACACUGAGUUGUCUCCCUUGACCUCUCGUCCAAAUAGGAAACUGCUUUCCACAU